AUGGCUCUGAUUGAUAAGUUGCAGGUCAAGGAGAAGUUGUACAGAAAAAAUGUCGUGGAUAUUCCUACUUGUGAUAUGUGUAUGGACGGAGUCAUUCGAGAUGAGCAAGGAAGAUUUUGUGGUGGAUUUGCAAAGUAUACCUACAAUUGCGGCAGCAAUGUGGCUGAAUUAUGUGCUAUCAGGGAAGGUCUGUUGGUGGCUGAAGGUCUGGGAAUUAGGAAGCUGGAAAUCGAGAGCGAUUCAAUGUAUGCAAUACAAGUUUGCAGAGGGGAGAUCCAGGCAACUUGGUAUCUAAAUGCAGUUCAAAAAGUUAUCAAGUUUUUUUGUGAGAAAUUUGAAGUUAUAAGUUUUUCUCAUAAAUAUCGAGAGGCUAAUAAUGUUACUGAUGUUUUAGCCAAGGGUGCUAGUAAGAAGAGUUUAUUAGGUGUGUGGCUGUCUGAACCACCAAGAGAGAUUUGUGAGAGUUUAUUCAAUGACUUAAUAGGGAUAACGUACCCCUAG